CUCUCCUUAAAAAUUUUCAGCCAUUCCUUGCCAGCCAGAUCUACCACCCUACCUCCUCACAUGCAUAAAAUGCAUUUAUUAAGUGUGUCAUUGCUUUACAAUAACUCAUUUCUGAAUUAUGAUCAAACACUAUUCUCCGGUAAACGAGUCACACGUCAACCGGGCGACGCGCCGAUGAGCCGCGUGCCUCCUGGCUUGGGUUUGGAGGGCGACACGUCCCGGCCCGGUGGACACGAUGGUAGAGUAAUUGCUGCUUGGACUAUAGGGAAUGAAGUGAAUAAGGAAGGAGAAGAGAAGAAUGAGUGGAGGAAAAAGAGGAAGGAAAUCGCAGAUGGCAAAAAGAAAGUUUUUGAGAAUAAUGCCAGCCCUAGAUCUAGUUCUAUUUUUUACUCCAAAGUUAAUUGUAAUUCUGUCUCUACAAAACAAACUUCUAGUAGUUCAGUCUUGAGUCCCAAGCUGAAUAUUUCUGAGACAUCUUCUAGACAACGUUCUAUUUAUAAUACAAGUGUUGCUUAUGAUUA